CUCCCUAAGCCUUGUCUGAUACGUGAGCCGUGACUAUCUUCUCUUCUUCCUCGCCAUAUAUUAGUCUUUGCCUCUCUUUUCUCAUAAAAUUUUCUUCUCUCUUUUAAUGGCUUCUUCUUACGAUACAUCCGCCAAUUCCCUCCCUCAAAACGCUUUUGGUUUCUCCACCCAUCCCUUCAUGACCACAUCUUUCUCCGAUCUUCUCGCUUCCGGCACCACCGACGACGAUAACUCUUCUUCUGCCGUUAACCAUGGUAAACGCGGUGGUGGGUUGUCGUUGUCCGAUCGGAUUGCGGAGAGGACUGGUUCUGGUGUCCCUAAGUUUAAGUCGCUUCCUCCGCCUUCACUGCCUAUAUCUCCUCCUCCGGUCUCUCCUUCUUCGUACUUUGCUAUCCCCGCCGGUCUCAGCCCCGCCGAGCUCUUGGACUCUCCUGUUCUGUUGAACUCUUCUAACAUUCUGCCAUCUCCUACAACUGGAACAUUUCCAGCUCAAGCUUUCAAUUGGAAACCCAGUUCUGGUAAUAACCAGCAAAACGUCAAACGAGUAGACAAAAGCUACACUGAUUUCUCUUUCCAAACCUUUCAAUCAUCAACCAACACAAAUCAAACUGCGCAACAAGAAGCAUGGAGCUUCAAAGAGUCUGUAAAGGAAGCUGAUUUUUCCUCAGGGAAGAACAUGGUGAAAUCGGAAUACAACCAGAUGCAGAGCUUUUCCCCUGAGAUAGCCAACAUCCAAAGCUGCCAAUCGGAUUACACCAAUUACCAGCAUCAACAAUCUCAGUCUUUAAGAGGGAAUCGAAAAUCCGACGAUGGAUACAAUUGGAGGAAAUAUGGACAAAAGCAAGUGAAAGGCAGUGAAAACCCCAGAAGUUACUACAAGUGCACGUACCCAAACUGCCCAACAAAGAAGAAAGUUGAGAGAUCCUUAGACGGGCAGAUAACUGAGAUAGUUUACAAGGGCAGCCAUAACCAUCCUAAGCCUCAAUCCACUAGGAGAUCAUCAUCUUCUUCUUCCUCUUCCAUUGCUAUUCAGGCUUCCAGUGCUGCCACCUCUGAGAUCCCCGAUCAUUCGUUUAUAAGCCAUGGCAGUGGCCACAUGGACUCAGCUGCAACACCGGAAAACUCCUCUAUAUCAGUUGGGGAUGAUGAUUUCGAUCGUGGUUCCCAAAAGAGUAAAUCAGGGGGAGAUGAGUUUGAUGAAGACGAGCCCGACGCCAAAAGAUGGAGGGGAGAAGGUGAAACUGAAGGAAUUUCAGCACCUGGGAGUAGAACCGUGAGGGAACCAAGAGUUGUUGUUCAAACAACCAGUGACAUUGAUAUUUUGGAUGAUGGGUAUAGAUGGAGAAAAUAUGGGCAAAAAGUGGUCAAAGGGAACCCAAACCCAAGGAGCUACUAUAAGUGUACACAUCCGGGAUGUCCGGUGAGAAAGCACGUCGAAAGAGCAUCCCACGAUCUUAAGGCGGUGAUCACAACCUACGAAGGGAAGCACAACCAUGACGUCCCAGCAGCUCGCGGCAGUGGCGGCCAUUCCGUCAACAGACCUUUACCCGACAACAACAAUAACAAUGGGGCAAUGGCAAUAAGGCCAUCUCCACUUAACAAUCCCAUGAGCAACAACCAAGCUCUUCGGGGUUUGAGGCAAUCGACAACCGAAGGCGAAUCCCCCUUCAUGCUAGAAAUGUUUCAAGGCAACGGAAACUUGGGAUUCUCGGGUUUCGGGAACUCGGGAGGGUCAAUUAUGAAUCAACAACAUGAUGUACACAACAUGUUUUCAAGAACCAAGGAAGAACCAAGAGAUGAAGCCUUCAUUGAGUCCUUGCUAUAUUGAAAUUAAAAUCUACAAAAGGGAAGAAGAAAUAGAACAGAAGAGAGUCAAAAACAAAAACCAUAACCAUAAGAAUAAUAAGGAGUUUGAGGUUCAUUUCAUUAAUUGCAUUCAGUUUGUUUGUUUCUUUGUUGUAUAUUCCACUCCAAAAUAUUAUUUGGUUUUGUUUAUGUAAUUUAGAAUGUGGGGGUAAGGUAAUCUUAUGUUAUAGGAUAUACUAUUUUUUUAUUGUUUUGAGGCCACUCUCUCCUUGCCUUGGGGUAGUAGACAUCAACAACAAGGCCUCAGAAUCAUUUCCUCUUUCUUUUUUUCUUGUAUCACACAUGCUAGUGAUCCAUUUUCCUUUUUAUUGAAGAAAAAAUUGUUGAA